GGACGUAGUAGUAUAGAACAAUUUUCGGGAACUGUCGAGAGCAACUGGAAAAAAAGUAAGACAAACUUGACUAUUAAACAGCAGAAAAAUGGCCGCUGAAUUGUCUACUUUGCAUUGGUUUUCACCCAUGAAAGACUACUUGGGUCUGGCCAAACUGGUGGGCAGAGUGGAGCACCCUCAGGACGACUAUGAAGACUUGUACUCGUCUUCGAUAUGGCCGACUCGUGGGGGAGGAGAUGUCAUGACCGAGUUCCGGAGGAAUGGGACAGAGUCGAUGGUAGAGAGGCUGGACUCGCUCUACAGGGAUGAUGUAUUCCGUCCCUUGAAUUCGGAGGAAGACGCCAGUCGGAGGAUUUUGAGGAAGCAGAGAGCCACAGUAUGGUGUGUCUUCUGCAAGAACAAUGGAGAGCGGGAGUCUGUCUAUUCCAGUCACAUACUGAAGGAUCAAGACGGUAAAACCCUCUGCCCCAUCCUCAGAGCGUACACCUGUCCUCUGUGCGGCGUUAACGGAGACCACGCCCACACGCUAAAGUACUGUCCCACCAAACGAAACGAGCUUCCACCAGCACCUCUUAAGACCCCAAGAACAUCAACUGGACGAAAACGACAGUAUUGUUUGUAAAUUGUAUACCGGAAAAAGAAAAAAAAAUGUACAGAAGACCAAAAAGUCUGUUUAUGUAGAUAUACUAAAUUUUUAUUUAAAGUUACUUUUUGAUAUGGUGUUUCUGUUAUAUUCAACUACCUCAUUUUGAUGUUGACGUGCUAAUGCCACACUUAUGCCUUAAACAAAACCAUUUAUUAAUACCGAAAGGAUUCAUUAUCGGUAUUAGAUUAUUAUUUUUUACUGUGCCAUUACUUUUUUUUCUGCCUCGUUACUUGGCAGUCUUGAAUGUGUGCCUAUUUCUAUUUUACCCAAACCUUGAAUUCUUAUCAAGAAAGUUUAGUAAAAUGCUUCAUUCUUAUCUAAUAUUUGACUGAAAAAAAUCAAACUUGUUAAAUUGAACAGGAAUUAUCAUUGCUUCAUAAUAUAGCACUGGUUUAAAAUAUAGCAGGCCUUAUGAUAUACAAUGUAAUUUUAAUAAAUUAAUAGUUUCAAUAUUAAUAUGCAGGCAUGCAACAACUUUCAGCUGGUCUCCAAUUGUUUUUUAGAUUUUUUCUUCCUUAGCUACUGAAACACAACACGACAGUUCUAUGUGCUUGGCUACAUUUAUGUUUUAUGAGCAAAUGUGCAUGUCAGAUUAUGUGAUGCAAAAUAGCCUAUAAAUAGAAGGCUAGAAACACCAACUGAUUUAUUUAUAAUGCAUUCUCCUCGAAAGUAGAGUAAAAUAAUAUAAUUAUAUAGGACAAGAUUUUAUAAAUGUUAUACAGUGUAUCCAUCCGUUUCCGGUUAGAACACUGCACAUACAGCACUUGACUUUUAAUAGCGUUGUGAAAGAGUGCAUUUUGUACUGAGAAAUGAAACUUUCUUAAUUUCGCACCCUCAUUCAACCUGAUAUAUGGAUGAUCGAUUUGAAGAUGAUUAUUUUACAUUGAGCAUUUCUAAAGUGAAAGAAAAAUGGAAUUUCCUCGGAACAGAAAGAAACAGUUUAUUGGAGCAUAAUGUUUAUGGGCUUGGACAAAAAGUGAAUGUGUACUUGAAUGAUCUUUAAUCCUAUAGUACUGAACUAAUUAAACAGAACAUAAUUUAUCAGCAUAUUUGUAACUAAAUAAAAAAAGUUGGUGCCCAAACAGUUUCACACACUCCAACCUGCCCUCAAACUCCCUUCCCCUAACCAUAAUACCACCAAAUCCAACCCUAACCGGGUGAUUUUGUAGUUGCCAAACAAUCCUGUUGUUGAUCAACAAUAAACACAAUUUUGGAGGUUGUUAAACUAGGCCAGUAUAAAAAGUUAUAGCUGUUUUUCGUUGAUUAAGCAGGAUUCAAAAAGAAAACUCCACUAUUCUGAAGUACUAUUUACUUUGUUUUAGUUAUGGUAUUUUAAUUAUUAAGUAUUGACAGAUUUUUGUACAUGAUUGUGAAUCAAGAUUUUUUUAAUCGACUACAAUUAUUAUUCUUAUGCAUGCACUGAAGAUUUUAGUUAAUUUUUCUAAUCGUUGCGUCUCUGUAAAAAAAAGUUUACUUUUCCUGUUUAAAUAUUAGAAUAAGACGGACUUGUCAAUUGAUGUUAUUUGAAUUUAAAUGUUUUUUUAUAUUAUUUUGUAUUGUAUCUGUUAACUUGCCACCAAAUAACUGUAAUUAAUUUAAAUUUCGUUGGCCAGGAGCAGGAGUUCUAAAAACAGACAUGAAGUCCAAUAAGUGUUCAUGUACGAUACCAAUUGUUUUGAUCUGAAACACUGAAUUUUCUCUGGGUUUAUAUUCUCACUGAUAUUUUGCUCAUUCUAGUUAUCGGUAACAGAUUUUUCAUUCAAACAAGAAUGGGAAACUAGGAAGCUAUCAAAAAGAGAAUUUCCUUUGUUCUUUUUUCCCCGGAAGCUAACUUUUUUUCCUUCUUUGGAAUUUGUUGUCGUCAAUGUCCAAUUGGCAUAUUAAUGUGAAAAGAAGAAAAUGUUGCUUAGCAAAUUUCUUAGCUAUGACAAAAGAAUGAGUGGGCACCAGUUGCAACAAUGUGAACUUAAUGAAACUGAGCCAUUACCAGUUUGUGUCUGCUUGGCAAGUUCAUUUCUGCUUUACAUGCUUAACUAGGUUGGGCCCUUGCUUAGCUGUCUAAGCACUAAAAGUAGCUGAACACUAACCAAAUAGGUUACCAGCCAAACUACCAUGCCUCAAGUACAAUUUGUGACUGGUAUUCUGCUCAAUUCUGCUUAGCAGAAAAAUUGUUAAGCAAUUAUUUUCGGCCUACCCAAGAUUUAUUGUAAUGUUUUAUCACCUUUUUUAUAAGGGCAGCAGCAUUUGGUGCAUGAAGGAAUAAUUGUAAAAAA